AUGAGCUUCCAGGAUGACAUACCAGCAGGAGAACUUGCAGCAACUGAAAGAAUUGCUGGGAAUGCAAACAACAUUCUGCAACCCAGAUUUCAUGCCACUCAGAAGAAGAAAGGCAGACCGAGAAAAGCCCCCCUUAAGAAACCAACAGAGGAUGACAUGAAGAGCUUUUACAGGAGGUCAACAGAGGAAUUAGCUGCAACCACGACAACAGAUACCGGUACAUCCCAUGGAUCUGUUGCACCUAAUCCACCACUGCGGUUGGUUCCUCCCCCAGAAAGACCAAUACAGCUCUCAAACAAUGAGGAACAAAACUUGUUUUCUGUUGGUGAGGGAGGACUGGGACAACCAUCUUGGAUGAGGAUUCCACCAUCAAUGCUGGGCAGAAGGAUUACUGUCAUCCAAAACGGGAAACCUCAGCAAAUUAUCUUUACUGCAAGUGGUGACCAUGGAGAUCCUGACCAUGAAUAA